AUGCAUCCUACACUCUCAGCAGCCGUGCUUCUAGCAUCUCUCCUCACAUCUCCCGCCUUCUCAACCACCACCAAACACCACUCCUCAUCUUUCCAUCCCAGCACCAUCAUAACCCGAGACGUAGCCAUCAUAGGCGGCGGCUCCUCCGGUACCCACGCCGCAAUCUCCCUCAAAGACGCCAACAAAAGCGUCAUCGUCGUCGAGAUCAAGAACCGGCUAGGCGGCCACACAGAAACCUACACAGACCCAGCAACCGGUCUCGCUCAAGACUACGGCGUGCUAGUCUACCAUAAUGAGAGUACUGUCCUUGACUACUUCGCCCGCUUCGACAUUCCCCUCGGACCCCCACAAUUCGCGGGCAACGACGCAAACUACGAUUUCAGCACUGGUCUCGCAGUCAACGUCAGCGCACCAAGUGUAGAGGACCUCGGCGCUGGACUACAUAAAUACGCUGCGUUCCUUGCUCAGUACCCCGAGCUGGAAAGCGGCAUGUUCCUCCCCAGCCCCGUCCCACAAGACCUAACCAUACCGUUCGGCGACCUCGUUACCAACCUCGGUCUCGAAGCCGUGGUGCAGACGACGUUCAGUACGAAUCAGGGUAUCGGGGAUAUCCUCAGUGUGCCCGUGGUGGAGAAUGCGCGUGUCAACGGGUUAGGCUUGAUCCAGCAACUCGCUGCGAAUAAUCUUGUUUCGACGGCUCGCCGUAAUAACAGCGAGUUGUAUGGGAAGGCGCAGGCUGAGCUCCUCGAUGCGGAUAGCUUGUUGCUGUCUUCUGAAGUUGUGCAUGCCGCAAGGAGGGAGAGUGGCGUGGAACUCGUUGUCAAGACACCCGAUGGCGUCAAGAUGAUACGCGCCAAGAAACUCCUUAUCACGAUUCCGCUGCGUCCGGAUCUCCUUGCGCGUUUCGAUCUACGGAAGCGGGAACGUGAGGUCUUUGGGAAACUUAUCGAUGCUGGGUAUUAUGCUGCUUUGGUCAAGAAUACGGGUACACCUGACGAUUUGGUCAUUUACAACCGCGCGUCGGACACCCCGUACAACCUCCCUGCCCUGCCGGGCGUCUAUCUCAUGCAGGCAACCGCUAUCCCUGGGGUCAAAGCGAUUUACUACGGUUCCCAACGGUCGAAUGCAACAUAUCCUCUUUCUGAUAACUUUGUCAAAGAGGAGAUAAUCGCGGGUAUCAAACGACUGCAAACGGCAAAUCCUGGCAACUUUGAACCUACUGAACCAGAGUUCGUGGUCUACACAUCACAUGCGCCGUUCUACAUGCAAGCUAGACCUCAAGACAUACAGGCUGGCAUUUAUGACAAGAUGAACGCGCUGCAGGGAUUGAGAAGCACGUAUUGGAGCGGUGCGACGUUUCGGGCGCCUGAUAGCAGCGCGCUCUGGAAGUUCAAUAAGGAGAUUGUGCUUCCUAUGUUGAUGGAGGGGCUCUGA